UACGUACAAUGGGACACGAGUGUACAUUUUCGACCAAUCACCGUCCGUUUUAGCCGUAACAGAUGGUAAUUUUGAUGUGUUUUUUCUUUGCUAACGAUGAAUUAUUAUGGAAAAGCUAUAAUAUUAUUUAGUGUCGCCGCUAAUACGGUUGCCGUUGGUAUAACGAGUGUUUUUCGAACUUUUGUCGUGUGUGUCUUCAAAAAAAGUUCGCGAAAUGUGACUACGGUUUUGAAUUUUGUGAGCGGUAGGGUGCUACAUUUUUUUGUGAUUAUGAUGUCGUUUUAUGGAAGUUACCAAUUUCAAGGUCAAGGGCGAGUAAACCAACUAGGAGGGGUUUUUAUCAAUGGAAGGCCUCUUCCCAACCAUAUACGACUGAAAAUCGUUGAAAUGGCAGGGGCGGGAGUGCGCCCUUGCGUUAUUUCAAGACAACUAAGGGUAUCUCAUGGUUGUGUCUCCAAGAUCCUUAAUAGAUACCAAGAGACUGGAAGUAUAAGACCAGGAGUGAUUGGAGGCUCCAAGCCGAGAGUAGCUACGAGAGAAGUUGAGGACCGGAUAGAGCAAAUUAAGAAGGAGAAUCCUGGGAUAUUUUCCUGGGAAAUACGUGAUCGAUUGAUAAAGGAAGGAGUAAGCGAUCCUCCAAGCAUCUCGUCCAUUACAAGACUUCUUAGGGGUGGUCCGAGAAAAGAUCAAGAUCCCGAUAGCAAGAAAGAUUACACUAUUGAUGGCAUUCUAGGUGGGAGAGAGGAGGACAGCGACACAGAAUCCGAGCCUGGCAUCCCUUUGAAGCGGAAACACCGCAGGCCUCGAACGACAUUUUCCGGUGAGCAGCUGGAGACCCUCGAACAGGCAUUUAGCAGGACGCAAUACCCGGAUGUUUAUACUAGGGAGGAAUUGGCUCAGCAAACGGGCUUGACCGAAGCUAAAAUCCAGGUAUGGUUUUCAAAUAGACGAGCUCGCCUUCGUAAAAGUACAGGAGCAAUCGGUGCUGGCAGUACUUUAGGUUUCUCGGCACUACCUUUAGCAAAUAUGACCUGUCAGUACCCUACAGAGGCGCAGUACGAUUGGCGAAAUGCACAGUUUCCAAAUUACAAUAUGUUCCAGCAAUCAACAAGUUCCUAUAAUCCAACUGACUACACGCGACCAGAAUACUCGGGCAAUUUCGCAGCGAACUACGCACUAGCACAAGCUCAAAUUUCCCACGCGCAUGCGAGCAACCUCAGUAGACUUAAAGAUCUACAAAAUUCCAACCAUGGCAAAGAAGUAGAUCUUAGUACUACUUCUACAACCGUGCAACCCACACAACAAAACCCCAGUGAAAACCAUCAGUGGACUAAACAUGAAGAGUGGAGCAGUAUGACUGGACACGAGGGGGCAUAUAGUGGAGAAGCAGCUGGUUUUGUGCAGGGACAGUAUUUAGCUGGGACGGGAAAGGGUUAUUGGGCUUGACCAAGAGUGUAAUUUAUUUUAGGUUAGGAAAAAGUAAUUUAUGUAGGAGCAUAAUUUUAUUUAAUGAAAAUAUGUUCUAUA